AUGCACUCAUCAUCCCUCCUAGCAACAACCCUCACCCUCACCCUCACCUCCACCAUGGCCGCCUCUUCCAACAGCACCAUCAAGGACAACCUUCUCUUUCCUCCACCACCCCCCUCCGUCAUCUCCGCCCCGCAAGUACUCCCGAACGCCUCUAUCGAGCCCCCCUCCACCCAAUCCAUCAUCAACUCCCUCUCCCUCACCGCCUUCGUCGAAGGCGGUUACAUGGCCGAAACCGAUCGGAACCCCCUCGAGAUUCCCUCCCCUUUCCCUCUUUAUCCCGCCACCACUUUUUCGGAUCCCAACCCGGCCGAGGAUGGUCCAAACUACACGUUUGAUCCUGAUUCCUACCGGCCUGGGUUUGACCCCAAGAAGAGGAAUGCUUCGACGACUAUUUAUUACCUCUUAACGGGCGCCGGCAAGGAGGGGAGUGGUGGUUCGCCAAAGGGGUAUCUACAUCGGAACAGGGGACGGAUCAUCCAUACGCUGCAUCGUGGACGGGGGCGGUACGUGGUUUUGCACGCGGAUGAGACGCCGUGUAGGGUGGAGAGUUUUGUAGUGGGCAAGAAUGUGGAAAAGGAGAAGGUGCAGUGGGUUGUGGACGGGGGCAAGUAUAAGGGGACUUUUGUUUUGCCCUUGGAAGAUGGGGAGGAUGACGAUGAGAUGGUUUUCAUUUCGGAGACGACAGUGCCGGGGUGGGAGGUUUUUGACCAUGACUUUUUGGAUCGAAAGGGGUUGGAGAUGUUAAUGGAAGGGGAUGAGGAGAAGAUUAGGCAGUUAGAGUGGUUGGUCAAGCAGGAGGAGUGA